AUGCCAUGCACUUGCACACCGACAAUGGCAUCGAACGAUUACUACGGCAGCGGCAGCGGCGGAGGCGGCUAUGGAGAUGAACGACGCGGAGAGGGAUACGGUGGCGGACGGGAGGAGCACGGAGAACGUCGACAGGAAGGAGGCGGUGGGGGUUAUGGCGAGGAGCGCCGUCAUGGAGGAGGAGGUGAUUACAAUGAUCGUCCCAGCCAGGGCUAUGGCGGCGGUGGAGAUAGGCGAGACGACUACAAUGACCGUCCGAGCCAAAGCUACGGCGGUAGCGGCGGACGCGACGACUACAACGACCGCCCUAGCCAAGGCUACGGAGGUGGAGGCAGCGGAGGAGGUUACGGCGAUGAGCGACGCCACGAAAGCGGUGGCUAUGGCGACCAACAGCAGCAUUCAAGCGGUGGUGGCUACGGCGGUCAGCAACACUCAAGCGGCACCUCGUAUGGCGGAGGUGGCCAUUCAUCCGACGACUUUUCGGGCGCAGCUCAGCACGCUCAAUCUCACGCCGGCGACUCUGGUGACUCCAGCCUCUUCAGUACCGCACUUGGCAUGCUCGGAGGCAAGAAAUCCAAACUUCAGGAGGAAGACGUCGAUGAAGACGAUGCCGUUAAGCAGCAUCAGAAGUUGUACGGGGGUGGAAACGACCACGAGCCCGCCUCUUCCGGUAGUGUUGGUACCGCUGCUGCUAUGCAGGCGUUGAAGAUGUUCACGGGCGGCUCCCAGGAGCAAGGCUCUGGCGGACAGAACAAGUUCAUCGGGCUGGCGAUGGGACAGGCAGCGCAGCUUUUCGACCAACAGAGCGCCCAGGGCAAAACGCAGUCUGGGGCUACGAAACAGGACGCUGUUGCCCAGGCUGCACAGAUGGCGCUCAAGUUCUAUAUGAAGAGCGAGAUGGGCGGUGGUGGUGCUAGUGGGGGAGGAUCGAGUGGGGGUAUGGGUGGAUUGAUGAGCUUGGCGAGUAAGUUCAUGAAAUAG